GCGGGGCCGGGGCGGGGCCCGACUUCCCGACUGGGAGCCCUUGCGGCGGGGCUGAGACCAGACAGCCUGCGUUCGCCAUGAAGCGACCCAAGGAGCCGAGCGGCUCCGACGGCGAGUCCGACGGACCCAUCGACGUGGGCCAAGAGGGCGAGCUGAGCCAGAUGGCCAGGCCGCUGUCCACCCCCAGCCCUUCGCAGAUGCAAGCCAGGAAGAAACGCAGAGGGAUCAUAGAGAAACGGCGUCGAGACCGCAUCAACAGUAGCCUUUCUGAAUUGCGACGCUUGGUCCCCACUGCCUUUGAGAAACAGGGCUCUUCCAAGCUGGAGAAAGCCGAGGUCUUGCAGAUGACGGUGGAUCAUUUGAAAAUGCUCCAUGCCACUGGCGGGACAGGAUUCUUUGAUGCCCGAGCCCUGGCAGUUGACUUCCGGAGCAUUGGUUUUCGGGAAUGCCUCACCGAGGUCAUCAGGUACCUGGGGGUCCUUGAAGGGCCCAGCAGCCAUGCAGACCCCGUCCGGAUUCGCCUUCUCUCCCACCUCAACAGCUACGCAGCCGAGAUGGAGCCUUCACCCACACCCACUGGCCCCUUGGCCUUCCCUGCCUGGCCCUGGUCUUUCUUCCAUAGCUGUCCGGGGCUGCCAGCCCUGAGCAACCAGCUCGCCGUCCUGGGAAGAGUGCCCAGCCCUGUCCUCCCCGGCGUCUCCUCUCCUGCUUACCCCAUCCCAGCCCUCCGAACCGCUCCCCUUUGCAGAGCCACAGGCAUCAUCCUGCCAGCCCGGAGGAAUGUGCUGCCCAGUCGAGGGGCAUCUUCCACCAGGAGGGCCCGCCCCCUAGAGAGGCCAGCGACCCCUGUGCCUGUAGCCCCCAGCAGCAGGGCUGCCAGGAGCAGCCACAUCGCUCCCCUCCUGCAGUCUUCCUCCCCAACACCCCCUGGUCCUACAGGGUCCGCUGCUUACGUGGCUGUUCCCGCCCCCAACUCAUCCUCCCCAGGGCCAGCUGGGAGGCCAGCGGGAGCCAUGCUCUACCACUCCUGGGUCUCUGAAAUCACUGAAAUCGGGGCUUUCUGAGCUGCCCCUUCACCACCCUGCCCCAAGGAAUAAGGAAGGUUCUUUUACCAGGAGCCCAAAAAAGGGCACUGCCUUUUCUGCUUUGCUCCCUGGACUGGCUCAUAUGUGAAGGCAUGUUCUCCAGCCAUCGGAGGCCCCCUCCUGCUUCAGCCCAUCUCUCCUCCUCACUGUUAUCCCAGCUUAUCCACCCAGCUCUCCUGGAGCUGUUCUGGUCUCAGAGGCUUGGUUCCAUUUCUUACCUGCACAGAUGAGUCCUGGGAGAGACCCUCAGAGAUGCGCCCAGACCCCUCUCCUGCCCUCUGCACACCAGCAGCAGGCAUGAACCUUAGGUCUGAGAAAAAGCUUUAACCUGCAGGGCACCAGGACCCAAGGCAGGCUGUUCCUUGGAGCGGUCAGACCCCAGUCGGGAGCAAUGACUGACUGGCUGCAGCCUUCCCACGCCAAGAGGCUGGAACAUAGUGUCUGCCUCGCUUCCUGGAGAUAGUAACUGAGCAGGGGCUACAAAGAGGUCUCCUGGGAACCUUGUCUGCCCCUUCCCACCUGUUCUUGGGCCACACCAUCACACUGAACCACAGGACAGACCCUUUCUCCACCACAGCCAAGGCCUGGAGACUGGGGGCCCAGCAGAGCCUGCUCCCACCCUCCUCCCAGCAGCAGACACCCACCCUCUCACUGACUAACAGGUCCCUGCACACAGCUGGCCUGAUAAACCCAGCUGGGAGGUUUCUAGGCAGCAGCAAAACUCUGUGACAGGGUGUCCUCACACCAGGCCCUGGACAGCUCUCCCAGACAGGAGCCAGGGUUGAGCAAUGGAGAGCCCAGCCCCCGCAUCUUACAGUCGCCAUCCUCCAGGCGUGUGGUCCCUCCCAAUUGGGUGCACAGUGCAGAGGGGCCGUGGCCCCAUGUGAUGGUGCGCAGAGAGGAACCUCUUGGGAUUCAGUACCAGACGUCUGUGCUGCCUGGUUUGCAUCCGGCUCACAGAACCCAGACUGCUGGAACAGCCAAGGGCUGUCAGGCUGGACAAAAAUAACUGCGAGGAGGGACAAGAGAAAGGAUGAUUCGAGGCACCUCAGCCCUUCAAGGUCAUGCAGUGGGUCGAGGGCCUGAGAUUCUGUUCACCAGGACUCCACAGAGCUGGCUCUGCUCAGAAGCCAUUUCAUUCCCCGGCUCCACCCUAGGCCACUUUUUCUAACAGAGGAAACAAAUGGUCCAGCGAUUGUUCCCAGCAGGACAGCGGAGCCUGGACUGACACCCAGUGGGACCAGUGUUGCCACACCAGUUGAUAAAACGCAGAAACCCUUCUGUACUCAUUGGUAAAUAUCUACUCCCCCAAGUGACUCCAAGUGCCCCCCCACCGCCUGGCACUUCCCCCAGGACUCCUAUGAUCUGGUUACUGCCCAGCCGAUCCAAGGCUGUGGAGUCCCAGAGCCAGCAGUUCACUGAUGCUCAUUCCACACUGGUUAGAUACUUCAGUUGUCACCCCUGGGAAGAUUCUCCCACCUCCUCCCUUUGAUGGAACCACCCUCCCCAGAGGCUGCAUUGUGGAGACUCCAUGGACUGAAAAGUGAGUUUGCAGAGACCUUGGGGAAAAGAGCCCUUUCAAAGAAGUGGAUAAGAAGGAGGAGAUCAUUGAGUGACCCAGAAAGCUCUUUUGAAAAGACAAACUCCUCAAGGAGAGAUAAAGAGGAAAGAACCUCUUUCAUUUUUAGUGUGAGCUAAUACCAUCAGACUGCUGUCCUCCUGGACCCAUCUGAGAUGUGCAGUAGCAAGGAGAGGGGGGAUCAUUUUAGAGAGUGGGUCAUUCGCAGGGAGUGCUCCUGAGGGAGGCAGAGGGGAGACUGUGGUAGAAGGAAGACAGAACUCACACAUGAUCCCAGGAGUGGGGACAGGGACAGAGGAGGUAACAGAAGGCAAAGGCCAGUUUCCCCUUUAUCAUGAAGGGGCCCACUCAGGACAGGAACAAGGACAACUCCUCCUCCUCUCCUGCUGCUCCUGGGAUACCAGGUCAGUGAUGUAGUCUUGCAAUUUGGCAACUUCCCAGCCUGAGAAUCCCUAGUGGGGCUGUGGGAAACACAUUUCCACGUUGCAAGUAUGCAACUCCAAAGAAUCUGUGAUGCCACUGAAAUGAGGUGGGAAUGACCCAGCUCUUUCAGCAUCUUGGUUGAACUUGCUUUCAUUGUCCCUGGGAUAUUGUGGAAGGAAAGGUGACUAUGUGAUCUGAUUCCGUGGUCAAGGACUUGCAUCUUCUGUUUCUAUCCCCAAGCCUUCCUGGGGUCUCCAACUCCUACCCCAUUGCAGAGGUUGUUGCGGACAUCCAAUAAAGAUUUUUUUUUAGUGCUUUUGGAAA